AUGAAAGGGGAAAAGUUGGACAUGCGCAACUUUCACGAAAGAGGUCCGCUAGAAAUGAAGACAGAAUAUAGAGGAAGCGUGAGACAUGACCUUGAUGACGAGAGCUCCGGCGUCCUCGAAUCUCUAAAGUACGAUCCAGGUCUUAAUUCUUUGGUUCUAAUUGGAACUCAAGUAGAGAGACUAACGAGACAUGACCUUGAUGACGAGAGCUCCGGCGUCCUCGAAUCUCUAAAGUACGAUCCAGGUCUUAAUUCUUUGGUUCUAAUUGGAACUCAAGUAGAGAGACUAACGCCAGGGGACACCCAGUCAGGAGCGCCAUCAGUGUCAAGAUUCUGGGUCAAGUAA